CUUAACUAUCACGUGCGCUUUUCCCCAAACUACCCGUAAUCAUUACAACAAUCGACUACUACUUUCAAGCUCUCGCCUUCCUUUCUUGAUUUCCAACCUUUAUUACAAGAACCCCAAACAUUUAUUAUAUCUCCAAAAAUAAAAAUUGGUCAGCCCAUCUCUCUCAAUCUCAGCCGUUCAAUUCGUUUCCAAAAACAUAAAUUUGGAAACUGCGCAGCCUUAUAUAUUUGCAACUCUACAAGUUUACUUGCCCAAACGGCCAAACCCUUCCUUCUUUCCUCUGUUUUUUCCUUAAACUUUUCUUUUCAAGAAAAUCAAGAAAUUAUAGACAUGGAUUGGCUUCGUGGUGAAGCAGUAGGGCAUGGGAGUUUCGGGAGAGUAAGCUUAGCGAGGGUCGCUGGAGUUGGAUCGCCGGCGAUGGUCGUCAAGUCUUGUGGGGCCUCCUCUGUUGGUUCGUUGUUGAACGAGAAAUUCGUUUUAGACGAGCUCCAACGUUGCCCGGAGGUUAUACGGUGUUUCGGAGACGGCUACAGUUUCGAGAACGGCGAGAAGCUGUACAAUGUCUUGUUGGAAUUCGCCUCCCGCGGCGCUCUGUCCGACAACCUCAGGAACUCCGAGAGCCGGCGGUUUCCGGAGAGCGAGAUCAGGGGAUAUUCCAAGGCGCUUCUUCGCGGGCUUCAUUAUAUUCACAAGGUUGGGUUUGUUCACUGUGAUAUUAAGCUUCAGAAUGUGCUGUUAUGCGGCGACGGCCGGAUCAAGAUUGCCGAUUUCGGGUUGGCUAAGAGGGCCGGAUCGGGUGAUUCGGGUUGCAAAUUGAGGGGUACGCCAAUGUAUAUGUCCUCGGAGAUGGUGAACGGCGGAGAACAGGAAGCUGCGGCGGAUAUAUGGGCGCUCGGAUGCGCGGUGGUCGAGAUGGCCAGUGGAGCUCCGCCGUGGACGUACUCCGAUGUGGCGGGGCUUUUGAUGCGAAUUGGAGUCGGAGAAGAGGUGCCCGGAUUUCCCUGUGAGUUAUCCGGUCAGGGCAGAGAUUUUCUGGGCAAAUGUUUCAUCAAGGACCCGAGGAAGAGAUGGACGGCCGAGAUGCUCCUGAACCACCCCUUUGUCGCCUCCAACGGCGGCGCCGGAUUUACCACAUUGUGCGAAGAUUUACCAGUCCCUUCACCUUCUCCAAGAUGCCCUUUCGAUUUCCCGGAUUGGGUUUCGGAAAAAGAGAUUCCGCAGUCUCCUCUCACGCCUUCAGUGACGGAAUUAUCCUCGCCGGAGUCAGAUUCUUCGCCGGCGGAGAGGCUGCAGGGAUUGUUCAGUCACAAACUCCCCAGGUGGACGGAAGAUACCGACGGGUGGGUCAACGUCAGAUGAUGACUGGAGAAUUUGGAAGUUUUAAAUUAGCGGCUGUGAUUUGUUUUUUGCCCCACAAGUCUCAUAUUGUUGAGAUUUUUAAUCAGUAUUAACUGUCCCACAAUUUAUUUGUUUAUUAUUCUAUUAUUAUUAGUUUGUUAGCUAAUUAAUCAGUGUAAAUGAUAGAGGUAGAUGCAGAGGAUAUGAAGAAGGUAGUUUCUGAAUUAAAGGGAGUGAGUAAAGAUUCCAUGGAUAAUAAUAUUAUAAUGAAAGAAUUGGAUCAAAUGGUUAGGCUAUCUGUUUC